AUGACGGAUGACAUUUUACUUAUUCCAGGGCCAGUCGUCUUAAGCGAAAAGGUCACUGCUGCGUUGGUGGCGCCCUUCAGCGUUCCUGACUACUUCCAGACUUACAAAUCUGCACUUCUGAGGACAAGAAAGGUUUUUAGGGCGGGGAGUCAGGGUCUGCCCCUCAUAUUGGCUGGAUCUGGUACGUUAGGAUGGGAAGUUGCCGCGUCAAACUUGUUGGCACCGGGCGAAAGGGCUCUGGUUGUUUCAACAGGAUAUUUUGGCGAUCAUUUGGCAGAGUGCUUGGCUAUUUACGGCGCAGAAGUCAAGAAGCUGGAUGCUCCCUUGGGCGAUGUUGUACCGCUUGAAACUAUUAGACAAAGCCUGCUUGCAAAGAAAACUGCAAUGAUUACUCUCACGCAAGUUGACACGUCUACGGGGGUUUUGACUGAUGUUGGUGCCAUUGCCAGCCUUGUGCACAAGGUCUCGCCCGAAACACUUAUCAUUGUCGACGGCGUGUGCUCUCUCGGAUGCGAAGACUUCAGAUUUCAGGAGUGGAAGAUCGACUAUGCGCUUACCGGCUCUCAAAAGGCGCUUGGCGCGCCUCCCGGCUUGAGCGUCAGCAUGGUAAGCGAUCGCGCGCUUGAAAAAGCUUUGAACCGGCCCUCCGAGGCCACUUACUACACUAGUCUCAAGCGCUGGGCACCGGUCAUGCGUCUCUAUGAGCAAGGUAAGGGCGCAUAUUUUGCGACCCCUGCUGUCCAGCUCUUGGAUGCACUAAAUGCUGCUCUGGGCGAGAUUUUGGACGAGGGCCUGGAUGUUCAUGUAGCCAAACACAAAAAGGCAAGUGAUUGGCUUAAAAACGAGCUACAAACAAGAUUUAAGCUCAAGAUGGUACCGGUGCGCCCCGAAGUGGCUGCUCACGGCCUGACUGUGGCUUACUACGAUACGCCUGCAGACCUCAUCGCCGAAAUGAAAAAGUUACAUAUUGUUAUUACCGGGGGUAUCCAUAAGGACCUGAAAUCGAAAACCAUAAGAAUAGGUCACAUGGGCGUUUCUGCAUGUGAACCUUCAAAACGGCAUCUACAACUGUGCGUCGACGCUUUAGCCAAGAGUCUACAGUUGUGUACUGAAUGA